UUCUUCUUCUUCUUCUAGGGCUUCUUUGUUCGUCUUCCUUGUUUGUAUAUAAUCCCCACUUGUCUACAAUAAUUUUUAAACAUUUCAACUCGUCUCUUUCCCUUUUCUCUCUUUGGGUUUGAAAAUAAAUGGAGUCCAGCAAAAUAUCAGCUCUGCUGCUAAUUUGCAUGCUUUUCAUUUCCUCGGUGACUCCAAUUCUCGGGUGCCGUUCUUGUGGGAAGGCACCACCAAAGCAUCGAAGGCACAAGGGCAAGUCCCCUAAAGGUCCCAUCACUUUGCCUCCCAUUGUUCCUAAACUCCCUCCGGUUCAGCUCCCUCCAAUUGUGAAGCCACCCAUCCACCUUCCUCCGGUGACUACCAAGCCACCAAGUGGGAAAGGAAAACCCCGUCCAUCGCCACCAACCAAGGACACUUGCCCUAUUGACACGCUGAAACUGGGUGCCUGUGUGGAUCUGCUGGGAGGGUUGGUGCAUAUCGGUCUUGGUGACCCGGUGGUGAAUCAGUGCUGUCCGGUUCUUGCAGGACUUGCUGAGCUCGAAGCUGCCGUCUGCUUGUGCACAACUCUCAAGCUCAAGGUUCUCAACCUUAAACUCUACGUGCCAUUGGCUCUGCAGCUCCUCGUCACUUGUGGAAAAACACCCCCACCUGGAUACACUUGCUAUCUCUAGAACCAAGGUUGGUAGAUUGAUCACAUCGACAUGAGAGGAUGUCAAGCUUUCUCUUUAUUCCUUUCUCAACUGGAGUACUGCAAAUCUAAUGCAGUUCUUAUUUGUAACACCAUUUUUUAUCCACUUUUCUUUUUUAAAAGAUUGUUGCAAUUCGCAAGUGUGUUUCUGUAUCUCUUUCAAAGGAUGCCAUCAAGAUAGUACUAAUCUUUGUUCAU